CUUCGAGGCUUCACCUCAAUUAACAUCUCGAGCUGGGCAGCCUGCCAGCAUGGAGUCGCUCUCUUGCAGCCAGUGCUCUCGCCAAUACGCUAGCUAUAGUGCUUACAACAGACAUCGAAAGACCCACGACCGCACGCGCUGGCACUCGUGCGACGUCUGCAACCUGCAGUUCUCACGAAGCGAUGUGCUACGCCGUCACAAGCAGAUUCACGGCGAGACCGAUGGGGGUAAUAGCGUUCGACAGCGGUCUAUCCGGGCCUGCGACGAGUGCCGCCGGGGGAAGAUCCGCUGUGACAACGGCAAUCCGUGUCGCAACUGUCUCAAGGCUGGCAAGGCCUGCGCGUAUCGCAUGAAGUCGACCCGUCCCAGUGUCCGCGACUUUCCGAAGCGCAGUGCUGCUAACAAGUCUCGUUCUGAUAGCAAGCCUCGAUCUGAUGCGGCAGCGGCUGCGUCUGCUUCUGUGACGACUGCGUCUUUGUCGUCAAACGAGAGCUUGAUUUCAACGAUGCUGAGUCCCAUUUCAGCUGUCGAACCGGCUACCGGUGUCCCUAAUUUGUUAUCGCAAGCAGCGCAGCCAGCGGUAAAUUUCUCGCCGUUAACCGUGCCGCUGCCUGAAGCCAGUGCGACGCCAUUGUUGUGGUCGGUGCCUCAAAUUAACACAACAGGAAAAUUGAACGAGAUCGAUUGGACCGGAACGUCAUUCACACAUGUUAGCGACAUAUCUAUGGCACCUGGGAUUGGGGUGGAUCUGUCGAAUGGUUACGUGCCCAGCCCGACAAGCAGUAUAGCAUACUCGGCCAACAUCAUACCACCAACAACGACGAAACGAAAACCCCCAGAAGUUGUCCACGGAAUCGUGCAAGAAGCAGUACACGACUUUCAGCAGUUCCCUAUGAAUGACGUUGUUUUCCGCUGCCGGAAGAGGCGAGCCCUCUCCCAGCUCUUCGACUCUUCUUUCGGUGGCUUGGACGCGCCAAAGAGCGCAAGCCAUGUUUUACAUUCAUUUGUUACCUGCUUUUUCGACGAGUUUCAUCAUAUGUGGCCUAUAUUGUGGCGACAGGGCCUUGACUAUGAUGCAGUUGAGCCCUUGCUGUACCUCACAAUGACUUCCAUCGGAGCCAUCUACGCUGGGACUUCCCGGGCCAAGGCAUAUGGCAUGUCCAUGCUGCAUUCGUUAAAGGCGGCUGUUGUCAGCGCGUGCCUAGCAUGUCCAGAGCACGAGGUCAAGCUGGAUCAAAUAUUCGAAGCCCUUCUUCUACUCGCAAUUGCAUCGCUACACUUGGGCCAUGCCCGGACACCCAGGUAUAUCCACCAGGCAAGGGCCGUGCUGGCAUCCCACGCACGCCGAGUCAAUCUCUUCAACGAGACACCUGACAGCCAACACGACGAGGAGGAGAGCCUGGCAAGAUGGAUAAAAAUGGAGAGGAAACGACGGAUGGCAUUCGCUUUUUUGCGGUGGGAGGCCAUCGCAAGCAUUCUACUAAACACAUCGCCCCAGGUUUCAUGCGAAGAGCUGUGCCUGAAGAUUCCCUGUAACCAGGAGCUCUGGCUAUAUGUUGGGCCAGACUGGCGCGAGAGACUAUUAACUGCACGCCAGGAGGCGGCCUUUCAUCCAAUGUACACAGAGCUCUUCUGGCACCUUCACGGGGGUGGAACUGGCGCUCUCACUCUCACGCCUCUUUCUGCUCCGAUCCACGAAUUGAUGCUUUACGGACUUCACCUGCCCCUGGGAACGACGCCGUUGCACGACCAACAUACAUUGCGAUCCCCGGAUUGGGAGUCUGUGAAAAGCAUGCUGAAUCCGAUCUCUCUAUACGACCGCGAGAACCUAUCAGCCUGGCUCCUCUACCACCUAGCCUACAUCCGCAUCCACUCGAACAUGAAUUUAUUUAAAAUCCCUUCAACAGGACCAGAAGUAUCCACAGCUGCAUUCCAGCAGCAAAAAUUCAACGACCUGACCUGCUGGUCCACAACAACUUCCGCCAAAGUUGCGCUAUACCACGCGUGCCAGAUAUGGUACCUUAUCACUGCAACACUGCAACAAGACGACCUCGUAACACCCUACUUCCCAAACCAACGAGCCGCGUCGCAACAUAACAUCGUCGCCAUUAUAUGCCUGUAUUACGCUGGAAUCGUCAUGCGGACUAUGGUUGAUCUUUGUCCCAGCAUUGACGCGCAUAUCUUACAGCCAAGACAUAUCAUGGGUGAGACUCUCCUCACAAGCUAUAAUAUCCUUGCAGAAGUACAGAAGCUAGGCGAUAUAGCUUCACGGCUCUGUCCUUCCUCUGAGGAAACCUCCUGGCUCGUUACUGAGAUCAAAGCGCUAUCGCUAGGGGGCUGGUUAGUUGCUCCGGCUCUGGAUAUCUGGGAACUGUAGAAUGCUGCUUACACUUCAGAAAUGUAAAUGCUAAGUAUGUUGGAAUUGCACUGCCCCUAGUAUGUCCAUAUCUCUCAUACAUCAACGGCAGGCUAUUUCUGUCACGUAAAAAGCUUGUCUCCCCACGAUUAGAAAUGCGGAUCUACAGAGAGCGGAGAGAUAGUUGCACCGGCUCGGGUCGACAAUUGGCCCGCCCGCAGCUAAAAAGGUUAACAAGAUUACUCCGUAAAAGAUUAAGAGAUUAAAGGCCAAAUAACAUAAAAUAGUUUCCAGUUUAGG